UCUCUUUCUUUCAAAGGCAACAAACUACAAGAAGUGAUUCUAACUUUCAAUGGUACCAACGAAAAGCUCCUGAAUCUGAGCCUAGAUGAUAACCAAUUCCCCAACAUAAGCAUUCCAGUGUUUCGGGGACUUGACAAGAUGGAGGAGCUCAGUCUCAGUUGCAUGCCUUCUCUGACCAAUGUAGCCUUUGAUGCUUUCCACGGUCUUCCAUCACUCAAACACCUCAAUAUUAGUCACAAUCCAGGCCUAACACUGGUGCAUUCACACCUAUUUGAUCACCUUCCUAAGUUGGCAUCAAUUGAUCUCAGUUACAACAACCUAUCCAGCCUGUCAUUAUUGACAUUCCAUAACAAUCACAACCUGCAAACAGUGAAGCUAGAUGGCAAUCACUUUACGUGUAACUGUGGCUUGGCCUGGUUAGCAAAAUACGUCACCACGAACUCUACUGUUUACAGUGGGGACCUACACUGUCUUUUAGACGGUAAACAAAUACAUCUUACCAAAGCUACAAAUCUCCAUGAAAUGUGUAAUGAAAUUCCCCAGGUCAAUACAACAGAAAUCUUAUUCUUUGCAAUUGGAUCUUCUGCUCACAUCACAUGUGAGUUUGAGCCUGACCCUGACAGUGUGGUGAUAUGGACCACUCCUCGCAACAAGAUCCUGACCUACCAUGCCUUCCACCCUGAUGUGAUAUCCCACAUGCUGAGCAAGGAGGACAUGCAGCUCAACAGCUCCUACCAUGCCUCCCACUACUGGCACAACAGCUCAAGCUACUACGCCAGCCUCAGCAGCUUCAAGGACAGGAUCGUCCUGCUCAACGACGGCUCACUAUACAUCGACUAUGUCCUCCGCCUUGACAACGGUCCUUAUAAGUGCUUAGUGAUGAAUGCAAACUACAACUCUUCAGAUGUAAUCAUGGUGAGACUUGACUACAGUGUCUUAUUCAAUGUCAAAGUCAUAAGUAUUAUUGUGGGUUCCGGAUGUGCUAUUUCCUUUCUUCUACUAAAUAUCAUAUACUCAAUCAUCAGAGCAAUAGCUCGACGACUAGUCAACAAACGUCGCAGGGUAGCAAUCAGAAAACUCCUUGAAAACUUGGAUCUUUACAAGACAACACAAUUUGCCAGAUUACGUGAAAACUACAGUGGCCAGCUGAACCGCAUCAGGGACCAGUAUCACAAUCAGUUCCACCGUCUGAGUGAAAACUACAACUCCCAGUUGAAGCGGGUGAGGCAGGGCUGCUCUCACCAGGUCGUCCGAAUCAGGGACAACUACACGACAAAGGUGGGGCGGCUGCGCAACUACAGCUCACAUCAGAUUGAGCAGAUCCGGAGAUGUACAACAACCAGCUAUUGAAGAUGCGUGACUAUGGGUCUCUGCAGAUGGUGCGUCUGCAUGAGAAGUACAAGCUCCAGCAGCAGCAUGUCAUCAAGCUGCUGGAGACCAUGAACCUGGACAACUGCAAGACUGUGAUAGAGACUGAGUGCUUGAGGACUGAGAGCAU